CCCGCCGCUGCCGCCGGGAGCCGGCAGAUCCGGGUCUCGUGGCGCGGGCUGACGUGUGAGCCGGCCCGAAGCACGGGGCCGAGCCGCGGGGCCGCCUCUGCCAGCCCGGCCGCGCUGCCCCCGUCCCCGCCCGAGCCGCGCAGCCACCGCAGCGACGGCGGCCACGGCACGGUGUUCACAGACAAGUUCAGGUUUAUCCAGAGAACCAUGGCAGAAGGUGGAUUUGAUCCUUGUGAAUGCAUUUGCUCGCAUGAACAUGCAAUGAGAAGACUGAUUAAUCUGCUGAGACAAUCCCAGUCAUACUGCACAGACACGGAAUGCCUUCAGGAAUUGCCAGGACCAAAUUCCUCCACUGACAACGGCAUCAGCUUUGCCAUGAUAAUAAUGGCCUGGGUGGUGAUUGCACUUGUCUUGUUCUUACUGAGACCUAGUAAUCUGAGAGGAUCCAACACAGCUGGGAAGCCAACCAGCCCACAUAACGGACAAGAACCACCAGCCCCGCCAGUGGACUAGAGCAUUCAAUAUUGGAAAAGUUCAGUAGCUAAAACCUUGCACGACCAAAUGAACGAAGUGACCAGAUUACUCCUAAACCCCAUUCAAUACUGUUUUCUUUUCUCAUUUAUAUAGAGCAGAAUUACCAUUCAGCAGUUAUCUUCACAAACUGCUUUUAGCGACUUCAAUUUUAAGUUAAUUUUUGCUUUGUAUGUUAUUACAAUUCCUAGUAGAUUGUAAUUUGAGUAAUGGUAAGGCAUUGCAGGGGUUUUUUGGUUGUUACUGUUACUGUGGACAUUCCACUCGGUCUCUUUCUGUUACAAUGAUCUUAAUUUCUUUGCAGUGAUUUCUGAUAUGCAUUGAAAGAAAGGGAAAAAAAUCCCUGCGCAUCUAUGAUAAUGGAAGGUUACUGGCCUUUCUUCAGAUUAACCCAUAUUUUUUCUCCAGUAUGCUUUUGAGAGUUAUACUAUGGUUGCAACUAUUAGCUUAGUUCUGUGGUGAAAAAUUGCAAUUAUUUUAUAUUUGCCCUGGGUUCAGAGCAGCUCUUAGUCUGGUCUUUGGACCACUAACAUAGUUUUCAGGGUUGUUGGCAAAAGCACGGAUUGUCCACUAGAAUUAUACUCUGUGUGUGUGUGUGGGCGCACGCAUACAAGUGAAUGUGAUAAUUGCCACUGUCAGAGCUUUGACACGUAUAUUGGGAACUUUACGCAAAAGAUUACACCACCAAAAAAGAAAUUAAUUUAAUCUUGUUCAUUAAUAAAUGAUAUAUCUUAUUCAAUAUGUUGUCAAAAUAUAUAUAUAUAUCAAAAAGAGAUUUGUUUACUUACAGACUUUAUGAAAGAAAAAUUUCGUGAGAAGAACUUGGUAGAAUUUUCUGUCCUGGUAUAGUCUUUUAAUAAUAAUUGGUAUCUGAAGUUUUUAGCCAUGAUGUAAGGUAUAUUGGGCAGAAUGAAAUAAUACCAAGAGGUUACCAAGGUUACCAACUUUUGUUAUACAGCAUAUACUGGAUAUUCAGGUUUUUUCACCUGUAUGUUAUCAGCAAUUCUUAACAUUUCAUCCUUAUCUACUGGUUGUAAUUGUAGAAUAACAAACUUGCAGGUGACUACAUAUGGCAUGUCUUCUCCCUAUCUGUGUGUAUGUGUGGGGUGUUUAUGUGUGCAUAUGUGUGGCUGUGCACGUACCUGUGCACAUCUCCCAUUGUGGCAAAUGGGAAUGACUUUUUUAUGUACAUUAACUUAAGAACAUUUUAAAGAUGUACAGAAAAGCAACACUGUAUAUUUUUCUUGAUCAAUUUGAAAAAUUGAUGAGAAUAAUUGUAAAGAACAUUUUUAUGUUACCAAGAUGAAGCUUCUUUCCAUAAAGGUCAGUAGAACAGACAUAUGGGAAUUCAAAGCCUUACCCUACAAACCUUUAUUUCAUGAGGACUUUAGUUACGGAGCUGAAGGGACUCACUGUUCAGAUGCACAAAGGUUUGUAUUAACGGGCUCUAACAAAAAUCUCACAUCAGAUCCCAUGGUUGACAGGCACAGGGUUUUCCUCCUCAGGGUAAAUGGCAGGCAAGCCUCCUUGUAAAGGUACAGCAUAGACCUGAAGAAAGGCUUCUGUAAUUUGAUGGAACUGCCCUUUGAGUUUCUGUGGAAUAGCGUGCUCCCAAGCACAGGGGCACAUGUGAAAAAAACAAAGUUAAAAGAAAAAGAAGACUGGGCAGGUGCUCUCAGUGACAUCAGUGCAGUGCCAUGUACAGCAAUGGAGCUGCAGCAGAGACGCUGAGAGAAUUUGUCCUGUUAUGUCUAAUGGUGUACAGGCCACAAACACUGUGUAAAGAUGUCACUGGGACAAGCAGUCUGAUGUGUUUGCUUUUUGCCUUCUGUGUGUGUUUAUGUUUGGGAUACUGUUUGGAACAGAACAAGUAAUACAGCAUCAUUUUAUUGACCCAACAAGGAAAUAUAUAUAAUCUCCCACACUGACCUUUUCUCCAAGGAUUUUUGGCCAGAAUUCUUCAGUAUCGGGUGCAUAAAACAGGCUUCCAAUUGAUUAAAAAGCCAACUGAAACAGGCUUCAUUUCAGAUGGUGUCACUCCUCAUCCUGUUGGAAGUUGGUGAGAUUUACAGCAGAUCAGUCUCACUUUACUGUCUGUGUGUGUAUUUAUAAAACUCACCAUGUACAGCCGGCAGUAACAGUCUUGAUAAAUGAACUUUUUGUUCAGAGCAAUGCUGUGUUUUACGUUUAAAUGAACUGUCUUUGCUUGAAAUUCCUCAAAGUAAUUGUCCCAGUGAUUUUAUACAUGUAUGCUUUCCUCAUGUAAAUUGCUAUUUUAAAUUUUCUAUGUAAAAGAAAAAAAAUUGGAAAUAUUUUAUUGUAAAAUGUUUUACUAAAGAGCUAGGCCACUAUCCCAUGUCAAAAUAAAUGCCUUUUAAAUUCAGAUACUCUCCCCAAGGUAUAACCUUCAGAUCACCACUCAAUUAAAAUAAAAGUAACUAAUUGUAGGACUGUAUUUUGCCACUCUUAUUCAUGUUAAAUAGUGCCUUACUCAUCAAGUAGUUGCACUGAAGUUUGUGGGACUACUCUGAGAUAAUGUACUAGUAGCAGCUUUAAUAAGGGUGGCAGAAAUCUGGCCUUUAGUGAUGUAGUUUGCAAUGAUAUAAUUGUAUCAUGGUUACAGAUGUUAACGGUAAAUUUUGAGAAGUGUGGAAGAGAUUAGUGGUAUAUGAAGCUUCAGGAUAUGAUUAAUUCUGUAAUGAGGGUUUUAAGUUUGGUUAGUAAGAGAUGCAAGUUGUAGCAACUUGGGAAAUACGGAGGGAAGUUUACAAUUAUACCUUAGCUUAGAACUCUGUUAAAACAAUAGCAUUUUUAGAGUCUGCUUAACACAAUUAUUAUACUCUGAAAUGAGAAAUCGUAUGUAUCCAUGUGUUGUCUGCAGAUCACUUAGCCUUGUAAUGUUCAUGAUUGAAAAAGGAAGAGUGAUGGUGUGAUGUACCUAAUGUAAAUCGGUGGUUUAAAAUGUCUGAAUUAUGCCAAACAAAAAAUCAUCUGUGCCAUUUGCGGUUUCCUAGUAAUCUUUUACUGAGUACUUGGAUUGGGAUAAAGGGCUUGUACUAUGCACUUUUUAUUGACUUAACAAAAUAAAUAGCAAUCAUUAGUAACCUUU